AUGGCUCUCUACGACAACGCAGGAAGGAUCCCACGACGGGCUGCAGAUGGCUCCUUGGUGGCGCUCUUCGUUCUCGCGAUUCUCUCAGCAUCAUGCCGCUUCUUGGUGCGAUUGCACUACCAAAGGCGUCUCUUCUGGGACGAUGCCAUGCUGGCAUUCGCGAUUCUCCUCCUCAUUACGUGUGUCGGCCUCUGGUUCAGCUAUGUCGAUGAUAUGUAUCUGGCGGAGUCGGUCAUGCUAGGCCAGUUCACUGCCGAUAUGGACAUGACGACCAUCAUUCCGCGAGCAAUUCGCCUGCACAAACUGAGCGACGUUUCCCUCGUUCUGACCUGGACAUGCCUCAAUUCCGUCAAGCUCAGCUUUGUGCUGUUCUUCGGCACCUUGACCACUCGAGCGAGUAGACUGAGGUGGUAUUGGUGGGGUGUUCUUAUCUUCACCAUUGUCACCUGGGCCGGAGGUCUUCCUCUGGAAAUUGUAGCUUGCCCGUAUUUCGACGAGCGAUCCCUCACUUGCGCCGCCGGAAGCAGUUACAAUAAGACCAUCGGAAUUGCUGCGACCUUGGUUGCGCUCAACAUCUGCUCGGACCUUCUCAUCUUCAGCAUCCCGUGCCUCAUUUUGCACAGAAUCACAGUUCCUCUUCGCACCAAGAUCUACCUUGGCCUCUCUCUGUGCCUCUCGGUGAUGACCAUCAGCAUCACCAUUGUCCGAGUGUCGGGCCUGAAGGUCCCCGGUCUGCGAGCUGUGGAUGUUGUCUGGCAAGUCUACUGGCAGUACGUCGAGGUCUGCAUCGGCAUCAUGGUCGUCUCCGCGACCGCAUUCAGGACCUUCUUCGUCCAGCGCGCCGCACGAUCUUCAGCAAAGCGAUCGACACCACGCGACUACGUCUUCUCGCAGCGUUUCCGCCAGAAGUUUAUGCGCAGGUCCGGCGAGCCCAAGGAAGACUUCAACGGUCUUCCGUCGCACUUCCCUGGAGCAACGAUGACCGGAAUGAGGACUUAUAUUGAUGAAAACGGCGAGCCGAAGAACGUCAGUACCCUAGCGAGCAGCGUUUCGCGGGAGAGCGAGGAGGAGCCUUUGCAGCCUCCUGAGAUGGUUCACUCCAGGGUGUAG